GUGAAAGGAAUGGUAUGAUAUUUGAAUGCAUGUCAUAUUUAAUUAUAAGGAUUCCUCUGAAUAGUAUAAGGAUGUGUGAACAAAACUAUCUGACAAAGAUAAGACUUAGUAGUAGCAAGAGUGUUGUCUUCAAAUAUUUGAAAGGCUCAUGUGGUAGAAUGAUUCCUUUUGCUCUACUUGAUAAUGGGAGACAGGCAUGGGAAAUCAAUGGGCAAGCAGAUUUAAUCCCAGUGCAGAACAUUUCUAACAAUUAGAGUUGUCCAGAAAUAAAAUUGAAUGCCCUGUGGAUAGUGAACUCACAAUCUAAUUCAACAAAUAUUUAUUAAGUACCUAUUAUGAACACACAUUUUACUAGUUACAAAGACCCCUCCACCAAAAAAAAAUUAAUAAUAAUAAUUCCUUACCUCAAGGAGAUUACAUUCUGUUGGAGAGAUCCAACAUGCAUGGAAAUAAAUAAAAGAUAAUUUGGAGCAGUUCUUAAUUUGUUGUUGUUAUUGUGGAAGCUGACUUGUACUGGCCCUGGAAAGCUGAUUGUUAAAUUUUCUUUUCUGUGAGCAUUUAGACCUUGGAAAUUGGCAAAUGUUAUAAAUCAAGGCUUGAUUUAUUGUUUUGCUGAUUAUCUAGACUUUUAAAAGUUGAUAGGAAAAAUGCAGUUUAAACUUUAAUGUCAGUGCAUUUCCAGAGAGUCAGUUGUUAAACAUUUAUCAGCACAUCCUUUUGAUAGUCUGAAGCUUAUGGGCCCCAUUCUCAGAAUAUAUUUUUAAAUACUUAAAAUAAAACAAACAAGAGAACAAUGGAAAUCAAUUAUGUUGAAAUUAAGGAAAAUAGCAAAAUUUUGCAAAUAUAGCAAAAUAAACAAACAAAUAAAUUUACAGGGCCCAGGUUAAGAACUCCCUGAUUUAAAAGAAAGAGGAAGUAUUAACAACUGAAGGGAAUCAGGAAAGGCUUUGUUUAAUAAGAGGAGUAGCAGUUAUGCUGAGGCUUGAAAGAUCGAUUUUCUGGAAAAUAAGCAUGUGUGUUAAGGGAUAUAACUUGAAAAGAUAGGUGGAAACCAUAUUCUGAGACCUUUAAAUAAUAGAAUAAAUAUUUUGUAUUUUAUUCUAGAGGUAGUAGGGAGCCACAGAAGAUUUUUGGACAGUGUUGUGACAGAUUAGUGUUUUAGGUAUGUUAAUUUGGUAGCUGUGUGGAAAGAUGAAUUAGAGAAGGCAUAAACUAGAAGCUAGUAAAAAGCUUAUUGUAGCAUUUUAAGUGGAGAGAGAUGUGGAUAUGAAUUAGGAUAGCAGCCAUUUGAAAGGAGAGAAGGGGACAAAUGUGAGGCAUGUUGUGGAAGUAAAAAUCAAAAAGACUUGUUUGUUGAUUGCAUAUCGGUAGUGAGAAAGAGGGAAAAUUUAAGAUGACUGAAGUUGGAAAUCUAGUUGAUGUCACCUCAAUAGAAGUGGCAAAGUUAAUUUCAUUGUUGGAGAUCGGCAGUGGAAGGCUGGAUGGCUCCUUGUUGGAGAAUGUUGUAGAAGAGAUUUAAGUUUCAAGUGAAAGUCAAGCUAGGUGACUUUCAAAGCUCCUUCUCACUUCAAGAUUCUAUGGUUUUGCAAAAUGUUUGUUUUGGAAGUUGAGAGAAAUUAAUGCAGGUCUAGUGCCAACUGGGCUCCUCUGAAUAGUAUAUGACUGGCUUAGCUAUUCAAUCAGUAAUAUGUUAUGAUUGACCCAGUGGCUAAAGGCAAACAUACAUAGAGUGGUGGAAGAACCUUCUUUACUGAUUCAAAUGAAAUCUUUUGUCUGCUUUUAAUUCCUCAAAAGUAGGGGCCCAACGUUGUUUCCAAGCCUGUUUGAAAAAACUUUGUACAGCAUUGAUAAUAAUAAUAAUAAUGAUACCAUAGCUGAAAUGCACAAUUCUGCCAUUAAAUAAAUUUGAGGACAACUUUUAUAGAUAGUUAGUAAUUAUAACAUUGUUGAAAUUCAAUUCAGUUCCAUUCUACAAGUGUUUAUUUACUGUUUACUCUGUAGUAGGUACUAUGUUAGGUUCUGAAAGGUCAAACAAAAAUGAAAUAGUCUUUGCCUUUAGGGAACUUGUAUUCUCCAUCAGAAGCAUCAAAUAUGUCUCAGGCAGCACCCACAACAAUCCAGAGUGUGCAGGAAUCAGAUUAAAAUGUAACUGGAAAAUAUUUAACAAAAUAAGUUAAAAUACAAUAAAACAUGUAUAAUAUUUCAUUGUAAAAUUAAGCCAAGAUGCCACCCACUGGGAACCAUAUGUAUGGUUUAGAGGCUGCCGUUUUUAUUUUAGUUUGACACCACUGUUCAGCAUGCAUAUAUUCCAAUGUCUUAUGUUUGAAUAUUCAGACUAAGGGGAAUACAAAAGAUGUUUUCUCAUAUUGUGAAGAGGAUAGAAAGGGUGAAGAAGUCUUUUACCAAAUCCCAAAUUACCAGAAGCAUUGAUCUAAAGGAUGAUCCAGGCAAAACUACAAUAGAUUUCAAAAGAUUGUCGCUGAAUUCCUGAAUGAUAGAUCCAUGUUAUGGAGCUAAAAUCCGUGCACCUCAUGCUCUGGUCAUGACAUUUCUCUUCAGAAGCGGAAGCCUAAAGGAGAAGCUGAAGGCAAUCGUUCAGGCAACAUACACACAUUCCCGAAACCUGGCUUAUUUUGUUUUUACCUACAAGGGCUUAUGCGCCUUGCAGUCCCGAAUCCAGGGACAGACCUUCCAGUUUCAUUCCUUCCUGGCAGCUUGUAUUGGUGGCUGGUUGGUUUUCGGAGAAAAUAAUAACAUCAACAGCCAGAUUAACAUGUACCUGCUGUCUCGAACUCUGUUUGGACUGGCCCGGCUAGCUGUGGAGAAAGGCUUCCUCCCAGAGCCCAAGCAGGACCCUUUCCCCUUGUUUUCCUCUGUCAUCUGGGGCCUCAUCCUCUGGCUCUUUGAGUACCACAGACACACUCUGCAGCCCUCCCUGCAGUCCUCCAUGACCUACCUCUAUGAUGACAGCAACGUCUGGCACGACAUCACAGACUUCCUUAUCUAUAAUAAAAGCCACUCUGGGAAAUAAGCUGCAGGCUUUGGCAAAGUGGGUAAUGGGGGGCCUGAGGCCAGGGUCAGAGACAGCGAUUGGGAUGUUGUCUUCAAUGUAAACCUAAAGGGUUUUCAGAUUGGCUUUUGCCGUCCCCUGAAUGGAUUUCUUGGUGAUUUUUUAAACAAACACUAUGCAACCUACUGCCAUUUUUUUCUAUUAGUAUUUUUUUGUCAACAUAAAUUUCCAAUAGAGAUGAGUGAUGACUUAUUUUAUUCUUUAAGGUUCAUUCAUGUUUAAUUUCAUUGCUAACAAGGCUUCUAACCUAUUUUACAAAGAACUAUUUUUUUUAAAUCAAGGUACUUAUUAUGUAAUGACAGGGAGCUACUUAGACCAUCAGUGGAAUAUAAAUCUUUUUCAUAAAAAGAAACAAAAACAAAACGCAACUCUGUUCAAAGGUAAUUAUGUACAGAGGACACAUCUUAACAUUACUUCAGAUGAUUUUACUUAUAGAAAUACAGACUUGGAAGGGAUCUUAGAAGCUCCUAGUCCAGUGUCCCAGUAGAAUCCCCUUCUCAGCCUCCUUGGCUCACAAGGCACAAACAUCUCCUCUGUGCAGUUUUUUUUUCCUAUUUUAGAAGAAAGUAGUAUUUUUCUAAAUAACUCACUCAUCGAUUUCUUUAAGGGUGAUCAUGUGUUUCUUUUGAAUCAAACAUGAAAAAUUACAUGUUUGUUAGUGAUGUUAUAUUUUUAGAAGGCAGUCAGUGAUAAUGGAGUCAAAAUUUCUUUCAUCUUCUUUUUCCUCCCUCUGCUCCUAUGAAGUGUGUUUACAGGUUUGUGAGAAUCAGGUUUUCUAUCUGACUCUCCUUGAAUGGAGGGGGGAAACUUUCCUUUAGAGAUCCAAAAGGAUUUUAAACCUAGACUUUGCAAUAAGAAUGUAUGUAAUUAUUUUUGCAAACCUGGUUUACUUUGCACAAAGAAUAAAACAGAUGUACCUGUAAACAAAUCAGAGAGCGCUAGAUUGGGACUAUUUGUGAUUGUGAAAAGCUGAUGGAGACCUGGCUGUAGUUUUGCCUGUUUCAGGUUGUGACAAGUCAGGCAGAGAAUAAAACAUGGGGAUAUUGAGAAACCAAAGGGUGACAUCAAGAAUAGAAGCACAUACUCAACCAUCUAAGCCUUACCCCCUGCCAGUUUUCCCCUUGCUAGCCAGAGAGAUUGUGUACCUUACUGCAUUCAAGAUUCUUGAUUUGAAUAGCCAGUGUCCAUCACCUUUCUUCCAGAUUUCUAGACCAGUUUUCCUGGAUUAGGUAUCUUCUCCAGGGAUAAUCUGUGCUUAGACUGAGUCCUAUUGCAACUUGCAUCCUUUAUAGCUUCAGACAAUGCAAAAAAGAAUUUUCCCUUGUUUCUAGGCUUUCUUAGGCAGUUUUCACAAAGUUUUUUGCAUAAAUGACUUUUAAACUGCAACACCUUUUAUCUCCUACCCACUCCACCCCCCCCCCCCAUCCUGCUCCUUUUUUCUCUUCAGCUUUUGUUUUUUUUUUGGGGACAGCCUCUGACUUUUUGGACCUCAGGAAAAGUCAUGAAGGGCUUGUACCAGCCCUGGGUUCAAUUUUUAACUCUGUUGCUGGUUCUGUAACUUUGAGAAGUCACUUCCUUUUUCUGAAUUUCCCUUUCCUCAGUUGGCAAAUGAGAUUAAUAUGUACAUAUCCACAACAAUUGUAGAAUUUACCCCCCCCAAAAAUGUGAAAAUACUUUGUUAGUUAUAAUUUUUUUUUUUUUUUUUUUACUGUAAAGAGUCACAAUUAUUGUUAUUUUUUUCUGGGACCUGUGGUUUAUCAGUGUAGGGAACUCCUGUUCUUCCUCCACUCAUGCAUAUUGGGAACUAAUUUCUAAUUUGUAAUCCUAGGUACUGAGAGUAGGUUUUUCUGACUGCAACACCAGCCUUCUACCAUGCCAUGUUGCCUCUUAUCACAAUGGUAAUGGUGCUAGUAGAAUCAGUAUUAUUAACCAUAAAAAUUGCAAAUAUAAAUUUAAAACUGCCUUUGUGCCAGGCACUAUGCCAUCUAUUGUCUGUUUCUGAUGAGAUGAUGUUCAGAAAUCUAAAUAAUUUACUGUAGGGGUACUUAAAGUUAAAAGAAAAAUCAGUCAUGAUUGACACUAUUUCAAAUGAAAGAAAAGCAUAUUUGGGGCUUUUCCAAUGGGAAUCUCUUAAGUUCAAGGUUGAUUUGAAAUAGAUGACUCCCCAUUAGGGAACUAUUCUCCAAUGGGCUUUUAUUGGGUAGGCUUUUCUGCAGUGGGUAGAUGGUGUAAUUUUGGUAUUUUUCUUUACCCUCUCCCCCAAAUUACUUGUCAUAAAUGUUUUGAGUUCUGAAAAGAACCAGAAUUUGGGUUUACCUCUUUCCUAGAAUGGAAAAUCACUCAAUGGCUAAUCUAAAAAUGAUUAUCAACUCAUAGUUUUCAAAAAUACUUUGUUCUCUUCCAUCUAACAUACUAGUUUUUUGUAAAAAAUAAAAAUUAUCUUUGACCUCAGUUUAUUUAGCAGAAAAAUGAGAGAAUCGAACUAGAUCACCUUGGAAGUCCAGCUUUAAAUCUAUGAGUUUAUGAACUUAUUUUAAUAAUUAUUUUAAUAUUUUUUAUUUUCAUUUUUUAUUAAAGCUUUUUUAUUUACAAAACAUGCAUAGGUAAUUUUUCAACACCGAUCCUUGCAAAACCUUGUGCUCCAAAUUUUCCCCUCCUUCCCCCACCGCCCCUAGAUGGCAGGUAGUCCAAUACAUGUUAAAUAUGUUAAAAUAUAUGUUAAAUCCAAUAUAUGCAUCCAUAUUUAUAGUUAUCUUGCUGCACAAGAAAAAUUGGAUCAAGAAGGAAAAAAAAACUGAGAAAGAAAACAAAAUGCAAGCAAACAACAAAAAGUGAAAAUGCUAUGUUGUGGUUCCUAUAGUCCUGUCUCUGGCUCUCUUCAUCACAAGAUUAUUGGAACUGAGUUGUAAUUCUCAUUUUUUUAGGGAAAAAAAAAAAAACACUCUGCUUCCCAAAGCAUUCUAAUUUAAAUCCUCACUGCAGUAUGUGUGUCUAAUUCAUUUCCCCAUGUAGAAUGGAAUAAAACUGAUUUUUUUUAAACACGAUGACAAA